CAGGAAGUCAUGUAUAUAUUAACGUCCAUUCUAUCAACAACUGUUCCUUUAGAAGCAGCUUUGGGCGGUUGGCUUCAUGAAAUGCGUGAACGAAAUGCGCAGAUUCUGCAGUUGACAUUUUAGUGGGUGGAAAGGUGCAUCAUGUUGAAUUUCAAUCAUCAAACACCAUUUAAAGGAUUGUUUACAGUGGCGGAAAAAGUGUCAUGACUUGAAUCCUUUCAACAAGCAUUGCAAUGAUUAGUGACAGGAAAGGUGGAUUUGGUUAAAUCCAUUUACCACAUUGGAUGAUUGAUGUACAAGAUGUCUGACAAGGAUUUGUUCCGAAUUGAUGAUUCCUUAAAUGAUAAAGCCCACCAGCUGAUGUGUAAUGAAGUCAAGCCUGUCCUUUUAUAUGAAAAUAUUUCUCACCAUGUGAACAGUUCAGAGGAUGGGCAAAGGUCGAACUUGCUGAAAUUUGAACCAUUGGAGACAAAUAUUACUUCUUCAGAGCAUUCAGUCAAACAGCCUUUAACUUUGCGAAUUUCAAGUGUAAGAAGUUACAGUGGUUCCGAUUUAACGUCUGACAAAGAAAAGAGUGAUUGGGACAACAAUGUCUGUUUAGAACAUUUUCAUACUGUGCCAAGUGUAACAAAUGACGAUGGAGCCUUACGUGGAGCUGUAUUUUCUGAGGCGUUUCACAGUCCUGAUAUAACUGUGAAAGAAGAAGAAAUCGAUGAAAGUACUUCUGCUUUUCGUGAGAUUAAUAUCAGACCAAACUUCUCUGACUUUGGCUUGCUAGGAAUCAAUAAAGAAUCGGAGAUUGAUAUAAAACCUUACUUGCAUGACGACCUUGGAAUUAAGCAGGAAGUAGCUACUGAUAUCAAACCAGAAGUACAUGACUUGCAUGGAGUAAAUCAAGAAGCAUGCAGUGCAAACAGUGCUUUUCAAUAUUUGAAUUCUGAUCAUCAGCCAGUCUUUGGUACUUCUCCGCACCAUCCAUUUUCACAGAGAUUUGAACGCACUCUUAAUGCUGAGUUACAAGAUGUUAAACCAGAAAUUGAUUCAGAAAGUUGUACACAAACUGCAAAAGAACUGUCGGUGCCCUCAGAUACCCUCAGUACUAAUUACUCAGUUGGACAUGGCAUUUCUUCAGCAAAGAAAGAGAACUCAACAUUUAAAAAUAUUCCAGUAUGCACUGUUACGUCAGAACAAAGUAAAGCACUUUCAACAUCUGGUCGGACUGGUUAUUGUAGUUUUUUAGUGCCAACCCUGGUGACGUCUAAAAAACCUUUACAACGAACACCAUCGGCUUCAUCAAAUGGAGCAUCUGUUGACGGUACUGUGAGUUCAUCGGUAACAUGUGAAGCAACUGAAUCACCUCUUGCAUUAAAUGGUCUGCUCCUUGAAAAUGAACCAACAAGAGUACCCGGACCUUCGAUAUAUUUGCAUUCGUCACAGGCAAACACACAUAUAACAAAACUAUGUUCUGCAUCUAACCCUGAGUAUCUAGCCCAAACAUCAUUGCCAGUCUCCGGUCAAGGUGCAUUGAGUUUAAGUGGUGUAGCAAGUAGUGUCCAAAGUACUUUCAAUGUGUCAUCGUCAAAAAAUUGCCCAAUAUCUGAUAUAUCCUUCAAAAUGUGUUCUGUGCGUAUUGUAACAUCACGUUGUGGCACCAUUGGAAAUCCAGGAACAAGUACUAGUAAUGCAUACAACACACGAGAUGUGUUUAGGAAGGGUUAUGUGUCACUACAUAACACUCAGAGCCAAAAAUUGUUGGGAUACUUACUUCCUCAUACACGCACAACGCCAACAGUUCAAUCUGAAAAAUCUUUUGCAAACCCUGGUCUUGGAAAAACUGUCCAUCAAGUUGGAUAUUUACCAUAUAAUGCCCGUCAAAGGGUGAAACCAUUGUCGACUUUACCCACCGGAAGCAAAGCUUCACCGCAAGUAUCGAUCGGCGGAUAUAGAACAGUCCAAUCAAACCAAUCUUUUACUACACAACCGCAUAUGAACAUGGAAGGAUCUAAGAGUUCAACUAGUUCUAUAAAGAGUUGUCAUAAAACUGUCCUACAUAUGAAAAAAUCAAUGAACAACAAUGUUAAAACUUUAACUCUCCUGACACCAAUUCAACUAACGAGUUCACUUGAUAAGGUUAAAGACACGGACAAACUGUCAUUGCGUUCAUCACAAAUUUCUCUGGAACAUAAUAAUGAAAGCAGUGGUAAAAAAUGGCCUUUGGGAUGCACCGGAAUAAAUGAUUUAAAAAAUACUUGUACUCUCAAAGGCUUUGAAAUGUUUCGCUCAGAUAUAAUCUCAAAUCGUGUUUUAAUGACAUCGAAAGAUAUAUUGAACACAUCACAGGUUUUCCCCGAGGACGAUUUAUUAUUGAAAAGGUGCGUAAGCGAUGAAAAUGAAUUCGGUUUGGAGUGUUUCUAUGCGGAAUCAGGUACUUCGAUUAAGUGUCAAGUUUGUAUACUUGACGCAAUCAAUAAACCAGAUGUUCUGGCAAUAUUGAAAAAUAAAGUGUCUGUGUCAGAGUUCCAGUAUGUUUGCACGGAAAUUUUGAACCCUAGUGUAGAACUCAUUUCAUCUAUGACAUCGUUGCAUAGAGUGCCUUAUUGCAAUUGGUUUCAAGUAACAGAACAUAAACAUGCAGUUUUAUUGAAACAGUUCAUGAAGUCGAGGUCCUGUCAUUGGUCGAAAGUGUUAGAUUUCAUUAAGUACAGUGAAGAUCAAGUGAUGAUUAAGUGCCCUGGUAAAGUAUUGGAAUUUCCAAAAAAAGAUGUUUUAUUGGAACCCUUACUUGUUGUUGAACGCAGAGAAGACAAGGAAAUGAAUGGCGGGUAUAGGUACAAUUUGCAUGCCGCAUCGGUAAAGACGAGUGGUCUUUUACUGCAACAAUGGGAAAAACUGCCCAAAGAGGGGCUAAACCGAAUAAUGUGUCCGCAAGUCGUCAGCGCUCGAGGAAAAGGUGACAACAUCUUCUUGAUAUUUCUUCCGGUUGAUAAAUGUCACAGACCACUUGUUAAAGGUUGCUCCUUUACGAAAAGGGACUGUACCAAAGUGUAUAUAGUUUUUGUUCCAGUUUUCAGUGUGUUCAAUUGCUAUUCAAGUGUUGUGAAGACUCAUGCUGUUUUAAGUAUGAUUGAAAGGAUUGAUGCCGUUUCCGAAGAUAAUGAUAAAAACGGUGGUGAAAUACAAGACAAAAUAUCGGAAGGAGUUGAGACAGAUGUCAAAUGCAUUAUUGACGAUAAUAGUGAAUCAGCGAUUUUGAAAAGGGACGAAGAUUUAGAUAGGGAUGGCUCAAUGGAAAUGCUUGAUUUUCUCAGAAAAACACUUACUCUGGCGCAAAAUCCUGAUAUGCAAGAAACUGGUGAAACCUUAAAAGGCUCUUUAUCUGUUGAUGCAUGUGCGUUGCCUCGAUCAAAGACCGACAAUAUAGUUCAUGAAAGCAGAGGUUCAAGAAAACUUUCACUAGGAAAUACAUCUGAAACGAGGCAAAGUGACUCACAAAUUUCUCAAAUGCAGCACGAUGCUAACAGUGAUGAAUUGCCACAAAUUUCUCAAAUGCAGCACGAUGCUAACAGUGAUGAAUUGCCUUUAAAAUUCAACGAUCCAAAUGUCUUUAAAGAGACUAUCAAUGGCUUUGAAAUAUUUUGCUCACAAAGUAUAUCAUCUCGUGGUUUAAAGACUUUGGAAAAUGAUUGGAAAACAUCCCAGAAUAUGUUAUUGCCUGAUUGUGUUAGUGAAGAAGAUGAACUUGCUUCGAGCUGGUACUAUGCGGCAUCUGGUGUAAAACAAAAAAGUCAAGUUCUUAAUGUUAACGCAUUUCUUGAACCUGACGUUAUGGCUGAAUUGAUGGACAAGGCACCUUUAUCAGAGUUUGAGUAUGUUUUCUCGGAAAAAUUGUGGCCUGUAGUUGUCGAUGCACCUUUUAUAUCUUUGUAUAGACUGUUUGAUAGGUGUUGGUCCCUAGUAACAAGGAAUACACGUGCCGCUGAAUUGAAACGAAUGAUGAGGUCUAGGUCUGGCCAUUGGAAUAAAGUCUUCGAUUUCAUAAAGUUCAGUGAAGAAAACGUAAUGGUAACGAUUCGCAACAGAGGAGUUGAAUUUCCAAGUAAAGAGCAGAUGUCGGAGCCUCUUCUUGUUGUUGAACGUAGACAAGAUAAGAAUGUGAAUGGUGGAUUUAGGUACAACUUGCAUGUUGCAUCUGUUAAGGCGAGUGGUGUCCUAAGGGAACAAUGGGAACAAUUACCUAAAGGCAGACGAAAGAAAACAUAUUGUCCACAAGUCGUCAGUGCUCAAGGGAGAGAUGGGACUAUUCUGUUAGUAUUUUUGCCGGUGGAUAAACACCAAAGACCAUUGGUAAAAGAUUGCUUUUUUGUGCAAAGGGGCUGCUACAAAGUGUAUGUUGUCUUAGUUCCAGUGUUAAGUGUGUUUAGCUGCUACUCGGUUGCUGUGAAGACAUUUGCUGUUUUGAAAAUGAUUGGAAAUGUUUGCGCUGUGACCAGAGCUAUGGAUAGAAACGGUCGUGCAUUACAAGACAAAAUAUCGGAAGGUGUUGAGAAAGAUGUUGAAUGCAUUAUUGACGAUGAAAGUGACUUACCUUUCAGGGUAAUUUUGAAAGAUUUAGAUAGGGAUGGCUCAAUGGAGAUGCUUAAUUUUCUCAAGAAAACGCUUACUCCGGCGCAAAAUCCUGACAUGCAAGUAACUGGUGAAACCUUAAAAAUCUCUUUAUCUGUUGAUGCAUUUGCAUUACCUGGAUCAAAGACCGACAACAGUUCUCAAGAAUGCAAAGGUACAAGCAAACAUUCAGCAGGAAAUACAACGGAAACGCGACAAAGUGUCUCACAAAUUUGUAAAAUGCAGGGCAAUGCUAACAGUGAUGAAUUGCCUUUAAAAUUCAACGAUCCAAAUGUCUUUAAAGAGACUAUCAAUGGUUUUGAAAUAUUUAGACAACAUAGUAUAUCAUCUCUUGGUUUAGAGAUUUUAGGUAAUGAUUUGAACACAUCCCAAGAUAUGUCAUUGCAUGAGUGUGUUAGUGAAGGAGAUGAACUUGUCUUAGACUGGUGCUAUGAGGUAUCUGGUGUAAAACAAAAGAGUCAAGUUCUUCAAGUUGACACAUUUCUUGAACCUGACGUUAUGGCUGAAUUGAUGGACAAGGUACCUUACUCGGAGUUUGAGUAUGUUUUUUCGGAAAAAUUGUGCCCUGUAGCACUCGGUUCACCUUUGAUAUCAUUGUAUAGACUGUUUGGUAGGUGUUGGUCCCUAGCAACAAGAAAUAAACGUGUAGACGUAUUGAAACGAAUGAUGAAGUCUAAGUCUUGCCAUUGGAAUAAAGUCUUCGAUUUCAUAAGGUUUAGUGAAGAAAAGGUAAUGGUAACGCUUCGCAACGCAGGAGUUGAAUUUCCAAGUAAAGAGCAGUCGACGGAGCCUUUACUUAUUGUUGAACGUAUACAAGAUAAGAAAAUGAAUGGUGGAUUUAGGUACAACUUGCAUGUUGCGGCUGUAAAGACGAGUGAUUUUGUAAGGAAACAAUGGGAAAAACUACCUGAAGGCGGAGAAAGGAAAACAUUUUGUCCACAAGUUGUCAGUGCUCGGGGAAGAGAUGGGACUAUCCUUUUAGUAUUUUUGCCGGUGGAUAAACACCAAAGACCAUUGGUAAAAGAUUGCUUUUUUGUGCAAAGGGGCUGCUACAAAGUGUAUGUUGUUUUAGUUCCGGUAUUUAGUGUGUUUAGCUGCUACUCGGUUGCUGUGAAGACAUUUGCUGUUUUAAAAAUGAUUGGACAGAUUUGCGCCGUGACUAGAGUUAUGGAUAGAGAUGUCUUAAAAGUGGACAGUAGGGUGGUAAAAGUUGUGGAAGGUGUGGAAUACAGUGAUUCUGAUCCAAAUGAGAUCAUGUGCAGUCUUAAUGAAUCGGUGUUUUCUUGUAAUGCCAUUGGUUCGGAUGUGCAGACGUCUGUCAUUACGGAUACUGAUGAUGCUAUUAUUACAGAUGACAAAAGUGCUUCUGUUGCUAAUAAAGUGACAACCACAAGUAGAUUCACAUUUGCUAGUGGUGCUACUGUUGCAAGUUACAUUGACUGUGAUAAAAAGUUGUCUCAAAUGAAAUGUGUAGUUAAACUAAGGAGAAUUGAUUUAAAUGUUGACAAACCAGAAAAAAAGCAUAAUUCAGAUCGUGGGAAAAAACGAAAAGAUUGUUUUACAGUUAAACAGAAACUUGCAACACGAAAAAAAAAACGAACUUGGUCGGAAUCUGAUAAGGAAUAAUAAAAGCACAGUACUUAAUAACUUAAUGCAUCUUCAGGAUCGUAAGAUUUUGACGGCGUCUUGAACCAACGCUGAACGGACAGUUUUAUUUUCGAGUUUUAACUUUGGUGGAAGAUGUGCUCCAUAAUAAUCUUUUUUUCUAGAAGGGAUGCUUUUUUAAUGUGUUUAUAUGUUUCACUUUUUUGUAUUUGAACGACAAUUAUAGGAUAAUCAUUCUGGUAACAUACGUUUUACAUGAUUAUGUGUUACAAGUAUAUGAAUUUCAUUCAUUAUUUUAUUGACACGCAUGUUGUAACUUACGUUAGUCAAGAAGCCUCAUUGUAUGAAUGUU